UAGUCAUCAUGGGAAAUUAUAGGUUUAGAUUAUCAGAUAUGAUGCCAAAUGCUUGGUUUUACAAGCUCAAAGACAUGAGCAAAAGCAGCAACAACAAAAGCAGAAGCCAUAGCCAGACAACCUCAUCUUCAUCACCAUCAUCAUUAAAUCUUCAAUCAGACAAAAAAAGACAACCCCACCACAACCUGGCUUACCAGAGAAAAUCAUAUUACAUUUCAAGAAACCUCUGUCCACCUGAUAAUAACAAUAAUAACCAUGAAACAUUCUCCCAAAAUCCUGUCCUAAAAGCCUCUGACAAUGUUGUCCAUUUUUCUGAGCCAUCAAGAAAAUCUUCCAAGAAGAGACGUAGCACAACAACGAGAAGAAAAAAUUCUCCAAAACUUGUUGGUUCCUCUGUUUCAGCAAGUUGUAGUUGUCGUGCUUCUCUUGAAUCUGUAUGGACAAAACCCGAUUCUACCCCUGAAGAAUACCCAAAUUCGCCAAUUUCCUCCUCCUCAUCAUCUUCUUCUUCUUUAGAAAAAACGUCGAUUUUAGCUGGAAAAAUUGACCCCAUGAUUUCAAUUUCACCGUCUUGUGGCUGCACAAUUGAUGACAUGAAGAAAGAGACAAUAAAUCUUGAUCAUGGGUUUCAAUCAGUUUCCAAAAUUGAUCUUCCCCCUAUCAUAACCAAGUCCGAAAAGUUCGAUGGAAAACAAAGUAUUAUGAAAGAGGAACAGAGGAUUGUGAAAGAUGAACAGAGGAUUGUGAAAGAACAGAGGAUUAAUCCAGUGAGAAGAGUUUCAGUGAGUUCAACAACUGGUGUGAAGUUGAGAACGAAUUCUCCAAGAAUAACAAACAACAAGAAGAUUCAAGGAAGUAGAAAGAGUGUUUCUUCAAGGAAGACUAGAGUUUCUGAAAGUUUUGCUGUGGUGAAAUCAUCUAAAGAUCCACAAAGAGAUUUUAGAGAGUCAAUGGUGGAGAUGAUAAUGGAGAAUAAUAUAAGAGCAUCAAAGGAUUUGGAAGAACUUCUUGCUUGCUAUCUUUCAUUGAAUUCAGAUGAGUAUCAUGAGCUAAUCAUCAAGGUGUUCAAGCAAAUAUGGUUCGAUAUCACUGAUAUUAGGUUAAAGUAAAUAAUAAGAAUCUAUGUUUUAAUUUCAUUUUAUCAUAGUUCAUGAUAUGUGUAUAAUUAGAGGUCUUUGGAUUCGACUUGGGCAAAUUGAGUUUCCGACACUGAAUGCGUGAAGGAAAGAAAAGUACAAAAUCGAAAUCUUGGGGUAAUAAAAAGAUUUGUCUGACUA